CAAACAGAAUCUGUGGAGGUGAUUUUUUCUGAUGGUGGAUUUAAAUGUUGGAGCUUCAUGCUCUACGCUGGUGAGUGUUCUAAUACAGUGAUGUGUUCCAUCUUUUCUAAACUGUAGCUACGAGAUGAAAAUGUGGCUUAGUUUCUCCAGUUUCACUGAGGAUGAUUUCAACCAUACAUAAAUCUGCCUUGUAUUGUUGGUUCUGACAGAUUUUAUUUUCAUUAUAGCCCUGAAGACACUGGGAAGCUGAUGUUUCUAUAGGAAGAUGAAAAUGUGUGAAUGUGUGAAAAAACCCUAACCCUAAGACAUUAAGUAUGGAAACAGCUAAUGCUGGUUUCAUUCAACAGCAGAUGACAAAGCAUGGAGCUUCUCUAACAGAAGACACCUGAGGACUAACCCUAACCUGAGACUGGAGGCUGAAUCUCUAACCUCUGAACUCUAAACCAGGGCAACAUGAAGUUUGAAGGCAGCUUUUAAAUGAGAGUAAGAUGAAGGUUGGAAGCACUCUUUGGACCCUGAACGUUGGUGGUCGCAGGUUUUCCUUCUCUCCAGAGCUGAUGAAACACCUGCCUCUCAGCAGACUCAGUCGGCUACAUCGCUGCGGGUCAGAGAGCGAGCUGUUGGAGCUCUGCGACGACUACGACCGAGACAGAAACGAAUUCUUCUUCGACCGCCACGCCGAGGCCUUCAGCUUCAUCAUGCUGUACCUGCAGCAUGGGAAGCUACGCUUUGUGCCGCACAUGUGUGAACUGUCCUUCUACAAUGAGAUGCUGUACUGGGGCUUGGAGAGCUCCGACCUGCUGCCCUGCUGCCAGCGCCGCCUCGAUGGACGCAUGUCCGACUGCUCCGUCCACUUCUUCCCUGAGGAGGAGUCGCGGGGCCCUGAGGAGCCACAGAGUCGCUGGCUGGAGAGGUUGAGGAGGACCUUUGAGGAGCCCGCGUCAUCGCUAGCUGCGCAGAUCCUGGCAUCGGUGUCGGUUCUGUUCGUGGUCAUCUCCAUGGUUAUGCUAUGUGCCAGUACCUUACCAGACUGGAAGGCUUCAGAGACCAUGGAUCUGCACAGGAUCAUCGAGGCGGUGUGUAUCACCUGGUUCACUGCUGAGUGUAUCGUCCGUUUCCUUGUAUCUCGGGAUAAAUGUGAGUUUGUGCGUCAUCCACUGAAUCUCAUUGACCUGUUGGCCAUCAUGCCAUACUACAUCUCCAUUACUGUGACAAUCCUGACUGGGGAGGACUCCCAGCUGCAGCGGGCGGGAGUGACAUUGCGCAUCCUGCGUAUGAUGCGCAUCUUCUGGGUGAUCAAGUUGGCGCGUCACUUCUUGGGCCUGCAGACGCUCGGCCUAACGCUGCGUCGCUGCUACCGUGAGAUGGUGAUGCUGCUGGUCUUCAUCUGCGUUGCCAUGGCGAUUUUCAGUGCACUGGCCCAGCUGCUGGAGCACGGCCUAGACCUAGAGGCCGGAAACCAGGACUACGCCAGCAUCCCCUCCGCCUGCUGGUGGGUCAUCAUCUCCAUGACGACCGUGGGAUACGGGGACAUGUACCCGGUGACGGUGGCGGGACGCGUGCUGGGCGCCAUCUGUGUCGUGAGCGGCAUCGUGCUGCUGGCGCUGCCAAUCACUUUCAUCUACCACAGCUUCGUCCAAUGCUACCACGAGCUCAAAGUUCGCUCCGUCCGCUGCAGUCGCAGCCUGUCGGCUGAAUUCAUAUACUGACCCGACCCAACGGCUGCAGAAAGUGCAGAAAAGCUGCAGAAAACGAACUAACAAAUUAAACCCACACCAUGACUCGAACCUUCAAAAUAAACUUGUGUUCUAAAUGUUUCAGCGAUAAGUUCCUGACCAGGACUCAUGUCUAGUUUAUAUGUAUGGAUCAGCUCUGUUUGUUUGACAGCUACAAUCCACAGAACAAAGAAGCUACCUAACCUAGCUGUGGUCUUGGUGGCGCCUAGAAACCUAAACUUGGCAGCAGUAGCUCAGGAGGUAGAGCGGUUGUCCAAUAACCGAAAGAUUGGUGGUUAAUUUUCACCACAUCCCUGGUCUGUCGUUGUGGCACUUAACCCACCUUGCUGAACUCCACUGGUGUAUGAUUGCGAGUGAGUGAUGUUGGUGGUCACCGAGGCUUUAGCCGUGGAUUGGCAGCCAUCGUUCAAUCAGUCUGCCCCAGGGCAGCUGUGUCUGAGAUAGUUUACCACCACCACCACAAGGACGUGACUUUGUGAGUGAAUGAAUGUAUGAGUAUGAAUGAACGUAUCCAGUGUCUAUGAUAAAGCACGACAUAAAACUGAUGCAUUACUAUACAUUCAGACAGUGUUGGAAUGAGAUGAAUUAAUUAAAUAGUUAAUUAAAACAAAUAAACACCAGAUUAACUUUUGGAUCAGACCGAUGGACUAUCCGUCAGUGGCAUAACCGGACCUCGGUUUCCAUGACAACAACAGAGACGGGAAGUUAAAGUGUUGGAAACACUUGUUUUGAAUGUCAGGACAGAAGACUGUGAAAUAUCUCACUUCUUUCUGUUUCCUUCAUUCCUUUAUAAUUACAAUGACUUUGACUUCAAAUUCAUUGUCUUUGUUCUCAUUUCAUCAGUAAAUUGUGUUUCCAACUGUUUUUUUUUUUUUUUUUUGUUAAAUGUGUCUUGGGGUUCAGAGUGAUGUCUGCUGAGAUUUGAGAUGAUCAGGACAGAAACACAGUUUAUGAAUCACCAUCAUGUGAUCGGACAGGUUCCUCUCAGUGUAUUUUAGAGCCUGGAUAGCCACUGGUUGAAGCUUCCAUCUCUUGGAUGUAGAUUGAAAUGAUUUAAAUAUAAACGAGUCUUGAGCUCAGUGCCAACGUUAUUUCCUUGGUCCCAGCAGGAUUAUCUGUUCUCUCUGAGUUCAGCUUUUAUAAUCUGUUUUAAUAUGAUGUGAUAAUAUGAUAUGAUAAUCCCUCUGGUUCAGUCCCUGACAGCCUUAAAAUAGCCGCCAUCACCCCUAUUCUCAAAAAACCUGGACUCAAACCCAACUACACCUCCAACUUUCCACCCAUCUCCAACCUUUCCUUCCUCUCCAAAAUCCUUGAUUGCGGCGUAACCUCCCAGCUCCACUUCAACCUCACCCACAACAACCUAUAUGAAGUCUUUCAAUCUAGUUCUGCCAAAAGCCCAGCACUGAAACAGCCCUCCUCCUCUCCAGAGACUCGGGCCAUGUCAGUAUUCUCAUCCUCCUGGACCUCGCUGCUACCUUUGACACCAUCCACCACUCCAUCCUGCUCUCUUGAGAAAUCACUCCACAUCACUGGCUCUAUACUCUAACUGACAACUAUUCAUACACAUAAACAACCAUUCCUCACCCACUGCCCCCCUGGCACAAGGUGUCCCCCAAGGCUCUGUGAUUGGCCCCGUCCUCUUCAUCAUCUACAUCCUUCCACUGUUACACUAAUGAUGUUCAACUGUACCUCUACACCAAAUCCAUCACCUCCUCCACACUCUCUACCCUCUCAACCUGCCUCUCAGAAAUAAACACAUGGGUGAAAAUCAACUACCUUCAACUGAACUGCAACAAGUCAGACCUCCUAAUCAUCCCAAACAUCUCACCCAGCCAGCUCAGCACGUCUGUUACCUUUGGUAACUCACCCCUGAUUCCCUCCUCUCACACCUCCAGCCUUGGAUUCAUCCUUGACACUCAACUCCCCUUCAAACAGCGCAUCAAUCAGGUCACAGAAACAGCGUUCCUCCACCUGAGAAACAUCGCCCAUCUCAAUUUACCCCUCUGCCCCACCACAGCUGAAACACUCAUUCACUCUUUCAUCACCUCCAGACUGGACUACUGCAACAGCCUCCUCUGUGGUCUUCCUUCCAAACUUCUCAACAAAUGCUGUUUUUAACUGUUCUCUUAUUUCAUUCAUCGUUUAUUUAAUGUGUUCUGUUUUAUAAACAAAAGCGUCAUUAUUUUUAUUUCCCAAAAGGAAAACCUGUAGCUCCUCAGUCCUGGAGAUUCAAGGACCCAAGACAUUGAGAUGACGCUCUGAGAUUCACAGAUAGAUAAAUAGAUAGAUAGAUAGAUAGAUAGAUAGAUAGAUAGAUAGAUAGAUAGAUAGAUAGAUAGAUAGAAAGAUCUGUAGCAGCUGAUCCUUCCUCUUAGUGCUGCCUCCCCGGAACACCACAGUGUUCAAAGUUCAUGUUCUGUAGGUGGCUUUAUUUUCUUCACUCAGACUCAGAAAUAAAAACUGAUUCAAAACCA